AUGACACAAAACAGUAUUCUACUGACUGAAAUAUGGAACGAAUUAUCUAAUGCUAUUGACCAAAUGUUUCAAGAUAACCGUCUAAGUCUAAGCGAUUAUUCGAAUAUUAACAAGGGUGUGGCGAAUUAUUUUAAAAGUUCUGAAUAUAACGAAUUAUUUUUGCAACAAUCUUUAAAGAAGACUACCACUAAUAAUAAACAAACUGAAGAUAGCGAUGCAGCUGACCCCGGUGACCUUGAAAUGAGCAUCCCUGGUGGUCAGAUGUACUUUCGUCUAAAGAAAAAGCUCAAAGAAAGUCUUCAAAAGAUAGCCGAGGAAAAGAGUGAUUUAAACGGUGAAGAUUUUCUUGGAUUUUAUGCUAAAACUUGGCAGUCCUAUCAAUUAAUAAGUCGAACUGUGAAUCGUAUAUUCCAUCGUAUGAAUUCCUAUUGGGUUAUUUAUCAACAGAAACAGAAUCUUAAAGAUAUUGUCGACAUUUAUGCUAUGGCCAUGAGAAUAUGGCGAGAUACAUUUUAUAAACAAAAUAAUCAUUCAUUGACAAAGAUUUGUCUUAAUUUAAUCAAAAAACAUCGUGAUAAUCAAGCAGAUAUGCCUCAUUUAAUUGGCCAAGUUAUUAACAGCUACAUAUCUGUUGACCUCACAGACGCUGAUAUAAAUAAUAGUAACAAGUAUAUGACAUCAUCAUCGCUUACGACAUAUAAAGAGUGGUUCGAAAAGCAAUUUAUUGAAGAAACACAAACAUACUAUUCUUUGGAAUCAGAUAACUACUUUAACGAUAAUAGUUUUAGCAGUUAUAUUCGAAAAGCUAACAAUCGUCUCGAAGAAGAAGAAGAUCGUGUGAAAAAAUAUUUAAAUCAAUCAACAUUGAAAAUAUUACUAAGAACAGUAGAAAAACAACUGAUUGAAAAGCGAUUGGAUGAUUUUUAUGAGCAAGCUAAUGGACUCGUCGAAAAUGAAAAGAUAGAAGAUUUAGAGCUUCUAUUCAAAUUAGUUAAUCGAAUAGAGAAUGCUCAUGCACCGAUCCAGUUACUUUUCGAAAAUCAUCUAUAUAGCGUGGGCAUCAAUGCAGUAAAUUGUACCAAAGAUACUGCAGUUAAAGAUUCUAGAACCUAUAUUGAAGCAAUUGUUGAAGUUUAUGAAAGAUUUUUUAUGAUAGUCAAAGCAGCAUUUCAUUGUGAACCCGGUUAUAUGGCUGCUUUCGAUAGAGCUUGUAGUAAAUUUAUUAAUAGCAAUCUAAACACAGAACAAACUCAAAAAGUAUCGAGUUCAGCUGAAUUAUUAGCUCGGUACAGUGAUUGGCUUUUACGAAAAGGAAAUAAACUUGAUGGCGAUACUGUCAGAGAAAAAAUCAAUCAAAUGAUGAAUGUCUUUAAUUACAUACGCGAUAAAGAUAUUUUUCAAAAAUUCUAUGGACGAUUUUUAGCAAUGCGCUUAAUCAAAGAACUAAGUGCAUCAAAUGACGAUGAAGAAUAUGUGAUAACAAAAUUAAAAGAAAUGUGUGGUUAUGAAUAUGCAUCAAAAUUAGAACGAAUGUUUAAAGAUAUUAGACUUGGUGCAGAUUUAAAUCAGGACUACAUAACUCAUUGCGAAAAUGAAGGAAUCCGUACAGAAUUCCAUUUUCCUGUCAUGAUGUUAACAUCGAAUUGGUGGCCAGUUACCGUAUCGUCAAUGUUUAAUAUAUCAAAUGAACUUCUACCAAGAUUGACUCAUUUUAAAAAGUACUAUAUGAAAAGAUAUAUUGGUCGUAAAUUAGACAUACUUUUGCUAUACUCGAAAGGAGAAGUACAAACGUUAUAUACUAAAAAAAGAUACAUCCUUCAAGUAUCAUUCUAUCAAAUGAAUAUUUUACUUUUAUUUAAUGAAUUCCCAACUAUGACAGUUGAGAAAAUGCUAGAUAAAACACAAAUUGAACCUAAUAUUUUUAUGCCAGCUCUUGUUAGUUUAAUAAAAAUGAAGAUAUUAAGUUGUCAAGAUAUUAAUCCUGAUCAACUAAAUGAACACUUUCAAGAAACCAACCUGUCUAUGAACAAUAAUAUUAGAGUCAAUGAUGCUAUGAAAAAUGAUAAAAUUAAAAUUAAUUUAAUGAAAAUACAACAAGCAAAUCCAAUGAAUAAAAUAGAUCCUAAUUCAGUUUAUAGUUCAGUUUUUGAGGAAAGAAAAUUGGCUAUUCAAGCUGUCAUUGUUCUCAUAAUGAAAAAUCGAAAAACAUUAAAACAUAAUUUUUUAUUAUCAGAAGUUAUUGAAAGAUUAGCUCGAGUAUUUAAACCAGAUAUUCCUGCAAUCAAAAAAUGUAUUGAUUUAUUGAUUGAAAAACAAUAUAUGGAACGCGAUGAUAAGGAAAGAGAUUUGUAUAAAUAUUUGGCUUAG